UAGGGAAUGGGGUAGGGGGAUGGGGAGAAGUGGGGCGCACUCCUCUAAGAGGCUGUCUCCAGAGACAGUACCCUAUCCUGUCAGGCUGGAGGAGGUAAGAGAUGGGCCGGGGAGGGGGCAUGGUUCUGCUUGGGAGAACAGAGAGGGCAGCCUCAACAGAUGGUUCCACAGCAGGCCAGGAGGGAGGAGCUGCUGCCCCCAGGUCCAGUGGGUGAGUACAGACAAAAGAGGGCCUGGCCAUCCUGUCUGUCUGUGUCCCUUCAGAAGAAGGGAGAGCAUGGAGCUGGAGAGGAUCGUCAGUGCAGCCCUCCUUGCCUUUGUCCAGACGCACCUCCCGGAGGCCGACCUCAGUGGUUUGGAUGAAGUCAUCUUCUCCUAUGUGCUCGGGGUCCUGGAGGACCUGGGGCCCUCAGGCCCAUCAGAGGAGAACUUCGAUAUGGAGGCCUUCACUGAGAUGAUGGAGGCCUAUGUGCCUGGCUUUGCCCACAUCCCCAGGGGCACAAUAGGGGACAUGAUGCAGAAGCUCUCAGGGCAGCUGAGUGAUGCCAGGAACAAAGAGAACCUGCAACCGCAGAGCUCUGGUGUCCAAGGUCAGGUGCCCAUCUCCCCAGAGCCUCUGCAGCGGCCGGAAAUGCUCAAAGAAGAGACCAGGUCUUCUGCUGCUGCUGCUGCUGCUGCUGGGGACACCCAAGAUGAGGCAACUGGUGCUGAGGAGGAGCUUCUGCCAGGGGUGGAUGUACUCCUGGAGGUGUUCCCUACCUGUUCGGUGGAACAGGCCCAGUGGGUGCUGGCCAAAGCUCGGGGGGACUUGGAAGAAGCUGUGCAGAUGCUGGUAGAGGGGAAGGAAGAGGGGCCUGCAGCCUGGGAUGGCUCCAACCAGGACCUGCCUAGACGCCUCAGAGGUCCCCAAAAGGAUGAGCUGAAGUCCUUCAUCCUGCAGAAGUACAUGAUGGUGGAUAGUGCAGAGGAUCAGAAGAUUCACCGGCCCAUGGCUCCCAAGGAGGCCCCCAAGAAGCUGAUCCGAUACAUCGACAACCAGAUAGUCAGCACCAAAGGGGAGCGAUUCAAAGAUGUGCGGAACCCUGAGGCCGAGGAGAUGAAGGCUACAUACAUCAACCUCAAGCCGGCCAGAAAGUACCGCUUCCAUUGAGGCACUCGCCGGACUCUGCCCGAGCCUUCUAGGCUCAGAUCCCAGAGGGAUGCAGGAGCCCUACAGCCCUACACAGGGGCCCCCUAACUCCUGUCCCCAUUCUCUACUUCUUUGCUCCAUAGUGUUAACCUAUUCUCAGAGCUGCCUCCAUGGGCUCAGUAAAGGUGGCCCAAGGAA